CUUUGAGUCCAGCCUCUGUCUGAGUGAGGAUACACAGACUGCCCAGAGGGAGGGAGAGUGAAGAGCAGGCCUGUGUCUCUGUCGCUCUAUCCAUUAAGCAGUUUCGAAGGAGAAAGGAGUGAUUCAAAUUAGGCUGGUCAGGAAAAUUCUGGGUCAGCUAGGAAAGAGAAAGAGAAAAAGAAAGGCAUAAUAAAAGCUGCAGCAGGGAGACACUGCAGCCAGUCAGGCUCAAGUGGGAAAAUCCAAAGUGAGAUAGCAGGAUUGCGUGAGAGGAUAAAGAACGUAGUAUUUGGAAAGUACCAAAGGAACACAAAAGGAAAAAACUAGAAGGAGAUGUCAACAAGAAGGCUGGAGACUGAGCAGUAAAGAAAAAGACACAGCAACGCUCUCUGUGUCAAAGACCUCAAGAAACCACAGAAGAGGAAACUUUGCCUUUCACAGACUGAUACUGAAAAGCCUCUCUGCAGAGUGACUGCUCCCAGCAAGAGAAAUGGAGAAGUGUCCAUUCUUAGAAAGAUAAAAGGAUGUCACUGCCAGUUUUGCUGUUGCUGUCAUUCUUGACUGUCCAAUGUGAUGGAUGUAACUUUGACCGGGAGGUUGUCAAAAACAUUAAAUCAACUAUCGACUCCAACCCAACUGGAUUUCGGACAGUUUUUCCGAGGGAUUACAAUGUUACGCACCAUUACAACAGCAGCAUGUUGUGUGACACUGAUCCGUGUUGCGUGUUCCCCGCUGCUGCCGUCCUCCUUGAUUCCUGGCAUGUGCUUCUCAGAAACCUCUGGAAUGAACACCUUAAACACUCCUUCAUCGUCGAACUGAUACAAACACUGGACACAAUUCUAAAUAAGACCGAAAAUACACAGAAAUUCAAGGAGGCCACAGAUCUCUCCAAAUUCCCUUCAAUCAUUUCCACUCCAGAGAAGCUUCUCAGUCAAACUUCAGAGGUUUUGUCUCGGUGGCUAGAGGUUGGAUGCUCAGCUUCGAUUGAAACAUGCUCCAUCCCUACUCUGGCCCCCACCGAAGUUCAGAGAGAGGAUAACUCUUCAUCAAGAAGUAAACAUUUGACAACCCGAGCUAUUAAAGUGGAGGAAGGACUGAAGGAGAAGAUGAUGGACCUUACACAACCGCCGUCCAAUGGUGGUCCACUGUCUCUUUCAUUUCCCGCUUCUUUCUGGAGCCCUUUGCUAUUUAGACUAUAUUGGUGGUUGUUGCCAUAGUUAGUAAAAUGGGUCCCUUUGAUGAUGCACACAAAAUGCAAAAACAUUUUCUGGCACUGAAUGAUUGUCUAUUGUCCAUCAUAAUGUGUUUGUGUUGUAAUGCAGUGAGCUAUGUUAUCAUGUUAUAAUGAAGUAGGGAUGGGACGAUAUAGGAUUUUUAUGACGGAUCGCACAAAAAAAAAACGUGCAAAAAGUCGAUCAUGGUGAACUUCCAUUAUCGGGAUAAUUGUAGAUCGGGAUAGUUGUGGAUAUCCUUAAAUGAGUGACUUGAAAAAACUGGCUGGCUGGUUAAGAAACAGUCGUCCACUGUUGCAGUGUUGGUGAGAGUCAGUCUGUUUGUUUCUCACUAAAAAGGAUGCAUCCUAACUGUAAUUCAAUAAAAAUGUGUUUAACAAAACAUAGUGUAAAGUGAUAAUAGUAUGUUUUAGAGCCAUAUUAAAGGUUUUAAGCAUAUUUUGUUGAUUAUAGGGAUAAUAUCAUGAAUCGCAAUUAUUUUGGCCAGGAUAAUCAUGACAUGAAAUGUUCAUAUCGUCCCAUGCCUGUAAUGAAGCAACAUGUGCAGGUUGCAUUAAAUGUCCAAAGGUAGUUGAUAUAGCUGACUUCAGUGCACGUCAGUGCUCAGUAACAGCUGGUACCGCACUUAUAAUCUCUUAGCCAUCCUGUGUAGCUCCAGCUAGCUAUGCUCCUUAUGCUAACACCUGUUAAAAAUGCUCAGCGAGCCACUGCACACACUGCCAUUGUCUUGUUGAUGUGAAAUUCAUCACUGUUUACAAUGAAUGUUAUGUAAAUGUAAGAUAUUUUUGUUUAUGGACUUUUACUUUUGUACAUAAUUGUAAAUUAAAGCCAUUUAGAUACA